AUGGUGAUGGGUGAGCUAAACGGUGCUCAGGGCGAAGGCGAUGUCGGCUCGCCCACAUCGUCUCGAGCCCCGGCUUCGAGCCACGCCGCGCACAAACGCUCCAGCAGCAUCCUCAGCACCAACAGCGUACUCUCCAUACCUUCGCGCUCAUCGUCCGUCGCGCUCAACACCAGCAUCUCUGCAGUACCGCCUCGUUCCUCGUCCAUCGCAUCGCCGACGAAACCCGGCCUGCCAACUUCCGCCUCGGACCUUGCCGAGACCAUCGCCGGGCUCAGCCUUGCCGACGACGGCGACACCAGCGCCACGGCCAACGGAGACGAGCACAGCAAGGGAUCGACCUCGCUCUCCCAGCCUAACCCCACAGGGGAUGGGGGCCAAACGCCCCUGGCCUCGACCUCGGCGUGGAUGCCAUCGAACCACGACUCUCCCAGGCGGGUGGCCUCGGGCUUCGGUGCCGAUGACAGGGAGGAGGCAUCGAUGACGGAGACCGCCGAGGAGAUCGAGGAUGCGAAACAGGCCAUCGAGGACGUCCGCCGCCACAUCUUCGUCGUGCAAGAGAAGCGCCACUCGAGCGGGUUUGGCGGGGACGCAGCCGCCGUGCUGGCCGACCCGCGCUCCCGAUCGGGCUCCUCCGGCUCCUCUUCGACAGGCUCGCACGGGGCGGGCACCAAUGGCGGCGGCGGCGGCGGCGGCAGAGGCAACGGUGGCGCCGAGGACGUUCCUGCCGGCGACCUCGACAUGGCCUUGAUGCAGCUCGACGAGAAGCUCGAGACCGUCUCGAGAUCGAUGCAGCAACUCGAAGUCAGGAUGGCCGAGGUGGGCGGCCCGCCCGAGGACCAGGACCCGGACUCGUCGAUCGUCGACAAGGAGAUGCUCGACUGGAGGUCGCGGCAGAGGAGGGGCAGCAACGUCAGCUUCACCAGCCUCACGUCCUUCGACGAGCUGAUGCUGCCCUCGUUUGCGCCCGCCCUCGGCCCAAAAGCCCUCAGGUCGCGCUACGACGACCUCCUCGCCGACUGGGUCAAGGUCCAGCACGAGGCCGAUGCGCUGAAAAAGGAGCUCAACGACGACAAGUACAUUGUCGUCUUCCGCUCCGUCUCGGAGCAGGCCAAGAGCAUGAUGGACAGUCUGGACAAGGCCAUCACCAACUGCCAGACGUUCGUCUCCGACUUCAACCGCGACUACCAGGCCGGGUUGAUCUCGGCCACGUCGGCAGCAUCGGCCGACGCCGAGGCCGACGACGCUGUCGGCGGCGAGCGGGAUCCCGCCGCGAGGCUGGCCGAGCUGGCCGAUGUCAAGAAGGCCUUCACCGUCAAGAAGUCCUACUACACGCCGGCCUGCGACCAGGUCUUUCAGGUGCUGGAGCGGGGCACAAAGGAGAGGGGUGCUUCGAAUGGCACCAUUAUUCGCAAGCUGGCCGACCUCAAGUCGCGCUGGAGGCAGAUGCGCGAGCGGGUGCUUCGGACCGAGAAGAACAUGAAGCGAAUCGAGGCCAUCCUGCAGCGCCUCCAGGCCGGCCUCGAGGACCCAACCGCAGGAUCUCAGGCGGGGCGCAUCGCUUUCCCUAUCGCCGCAUCGGCCAGCAUGCCCGCUCUGCCCCCCGCCGCCCUCGGCGCGAGGCAGCUGCAGCAGACGGCGCUGGGCCAGGGGAGCCCGAGCCGCCCAGCCUUGACGCCCAAGAGCGCGCUCCGAUCCUCGGCGUUGGGCUCGCGCGUGACCAGCGGUCCCGGAAGGCUCUCGAGCAGCUCCUCGCUCAGUUCGAACCUUUCGGGCAACGGCACACCGCCGCCCCCGCCGCCCCCCAAGAGCCGGCUGCGGAGGAUCUCUGCGACCGCUGAAGCCCUGGGCCUGCAGAGCCAGCCGAUCUCGACUCCGCCCCGCGCGUCAACAAAGACGUUUGACUCGCCGAGGUCGUUGCGUCCGCAGCGCUCGCAGAACUUUGCCACCGCCCUAUCUGCCGCCAGGGAGAGCGCGGCGAGGCACAAUCGGUCCAGCUCGGCCGCAUUUCCAGAGAAUUUGGCGCUCAAGAAUUGGACCGCAGCCAGGGUGGGCGGCUCGCCCCCCGAUACGCGACGGCCCCUGCCCAGCGUCAGCCGGCCGAGCGCGCUCUCGAACCGCGGUCAGGGAGAUGCCAGGCUGGCCGCCGAGGCGGUCGCACAGGUGAGCACGCCCAGCCGAGCGCCGCCCUCGAGCUAUCGAUCGAGCUGGCUGGGCUUCGAUGCAGCCGGUGCUCCUGGGACACCGCAGCGGUCCAAGACGCCGCAGCCUGAGCCGUCGUGGACCAGCAGGUCGAUGCAGGGCAGCAACGCGCCGCCGCUGCCCAGCCAGACGGCUCGUCCAUCCUCGAGGAUCGGCACAUCGACGCCGCAGAGCGGCAGGGGACGGGUCGACUCGGGUGCUGCCGCAGAGGCAAACGAGAUCGAGUGGAUCGACAACUCGAGCCGCGCCUCGACCUCGACCAGGGCGCCGGGCUCGGGCGACCGACCAGGCUCGUCGCUUGGCGGGUCCUACUACCGGCCGCCCUCUGCGACGGGCACAGUGGGCGACGUCAAAGCCAGGAGGCGAGAGUCGAUGAUCCCACGGCUGGCCGUCAGCUCGGAUGCCACGGCCGUGGGGUCGUCGACGCCGUCGAGGCCAGGCUCAUCGCUUUCGCAGGCUUCCAACAGCACCUUCACCAGCGGCCAGAACAAGGCGGCGCUGACCCCGCCGCGGUACACUGCGGGGGCCUCGAGGCUGUCGAUGCAGACGCCAGAACCGACGAUCAUGGCACGGGCGCAGCGCCUGAGCAUGUACGCGCGGGCGCCCUCGACGGGCGUGGCCGGGAUGGCGACGCCUGGCACGCCGGCGAGCAAGCGCUCCAGCCGGCCGCCGAUCACUCGGGUCAACCCCUCGCUGCUUGCCGGGAUGAGGAACGGCGGUGCGGCGGGUGGCGUCGGCGCAGGUCGUACGACGCCGCUCUCGGCGGCCGCGCUGGCCUCGCUCCCCGGCGCGGAUCCGUCUUCGGUGUCGUCGCCGUCGGCGACCAACAAGCGGUCGAGCGUGGCCAACUUCCGGGCGUCGCGCGGGCUGGGCGGCGCCUCGGUGGCAGGAGGCGGGGGAGGAGGGGGUCGCGUCACGCCGACGCUGAGCGACAACGGUUCCAUUGGCGGCCUCUCGAACGCGACGUGGACGGGGCAGAGGCUGGGCAGCGGCUCCAUGGCCGGGUCCGGGUUCGGUGGAGAGGCAGGGCGAGGCGCGAGGAUCGAGGUGUACAAGCCCAACCCCAACGAUGCGCUCGACGUCGAGGUGGCUGCGAUCGCCAAUGGCCUGGGCGUCAGCCUCGAGAGGCUGGAUGCGCCGCUGCCGCGCGGCGUCAGGCUGGAAGAGGGCCCGGGCAAGGACAACCGGACGCGGUACGAGGUGGGCGGCAAGGAAGUCAUGUGCCGCCUGCUCGAGCUCCACCGUCCUGCUGGCUCAGCGGGGGCUCGGGCGGGCACCAAGGCCAAGAAGAUUCUCGUCCGAGUGGGCGGAGGAUGGCAGGAUCUCGAGCAGUGGCUGCUCAACCGGCUCAGCCAGCAGUAG